GCAUGGCGGCGUCCAGGAUUUUUCUGAAAUGCUAAGGAGAAGGCACAGGACGUGACAAAAAAAAGAGUCUUUAAAAGUGACUGCAACUUCCUGUGAGUCAGUCUUCCAGCUCUAUUGAGGUUUUGGAGGCUGGUGGAGGACCUUCUUCAGCAUGGACCUGGGACUCUAGCAUUUGAGGGAAAAUAAUGGACCUCUUCUGUUUUGUCUGGUAGAAAAUUAUGGCUGUUAGUGACUUUUCAGGAAUCUAAAAACAGUAGCAAAAUGAAUAAGAAAACAAGUUCCUUCUUACAGAACCUGAGACAGUUGAAUAUAAACAUUUGUCCUUUAAGCUCCACAAGCGUUGGAAGAACAAUGAAGGUAGACCCUUUGGGACUUCAUAAACUAAAAAUUGCCUACCAAAAUAGCAUAUUAAAAAAUUUUCUUUUCGUUGACUCUCUUCAGAAACCUCAGCUAUCUGUUAGAUUUUUCUGUCAAGGUGUGUUAGCUUUUCAUUUGGAAGACAAUAAGAUCCAAAAAAGAAGAUUGAGCACAUUAACAUCAGUUCCAUUUGGUAAACUCUUAUAUCCUAGAAGACUGUCUUUUAACUCACAAUGCUUCUUUGUGUCAGACACAACACCUCAACUUUCUACUGAUGGGCUGGAGAAAAUAAUGGCCUCUACUGAACACGAUCUCUUCCACAAGGAAAAGAAAAGUUUGGCUGUUGCCAAAUACAGGCAUCUCAUUCAGGAGUGUAAUUCCAUGAGUGACUUAUUAGACAUGUUUUCAAAGUCUUCCAGGUUUUCCAACUGUAACUAUUUCAUAGCUAUGUGGAGAAUUGCUAAAAAUAUGUCUGAAGACCAGAAACGUGUUGAAAGACAAUUGCUGUAUAAACAUCCUGCAUUUAAUCACUUUUGUGAACAAGUAUUGAAAGAAGCCAAGACUGUAAAUCUUAAAAGGUUAAUGUUUACUCUGCAUGCUGUGAUCAAGAUUGGAAUCCCUCAGAACACUUACCUAGUUCAGGUCCUGCUGAGGUUAGUACAGGAGCGUAUCAAUGAAUGUGAUGAGAUGGGUAUUUCAGUUUUGUCACGUACUUUAGAAGUCAUGGAAGCAAGCAAAAAUGUGGAUGCCCUUCGUGAAGGAUUGCGGCUCUUAGUUGAUAAACAAAUUUGGAGACUAGAACACAUCCUUACUCUACAAACCAUCAUGAAAAGUAUUGGAAAAGAUGCCCCAUACCCUCUUAAAAAGAAAUUAGAGUUAAGAGCCUUGAAUGAAUUAAACAAAUUCUCUCCUGUAAAUAGCCAGCACAUGUUUGGUGCCCUGGCUGCCAUGAAUCACCGUUCUGUCUUACUCCUGAAUGAAUGCAGUAAAAUAGUUGCUGCUAAUAUCCAUGGAUGCCCUUUUUGGAUGUUAAUGAACAUACUGCAUUCCUGCAGGCAUCUCCAGUACCAAAACUUAGAUCUCUUUACAGCAAUCGCCGACUAUAUAAUUACAACUUUUGACAUGUGGAAAAUAAAACAAGUUCUUGGUAUUCUAAGUUUUUUUGAAUCCUUGAAAUUUAGACAUAUUGGUUUGAUGAAUUUGUUUCUUACGAGAGUAUUGGAUGAAUCUCAGUCUCUGAAUCAGAAAGAAAUUUUAUAUAUUCUUCAUAUAUAUUCCUCUCUCAACCACUUCCAUGAAUGCCAGGACCAACAGUUCUUAGAAGUUAUCACAAGUGCUUUGAAUACUUAUCUUCCAAAAAUUUCAUCUUUAAACCUAUUGAAGGCAGUAUAUAGCCUUUGCUUAUUGAAACAUUUCCCGCAGGAUCCUUUUAAUCAUCUUCUCCAAGAGAAUAUCAUCAAUGAGUUGCUGUUGCCAGUUAACAAAAAUGAGAUGGUCGAGUCCAUGCUACAUCAGGUGAAUGCUUGCUUGGAACUUGAAAACACUUCAGUCCUUCAUUCCAAAACCUUAACAUUGAAAGAAUGCUCCCCCACCCCAUCUCGUUCAAAUGUGGAGGUUGAAGAUGUGUUAUUAGAACUUUUGGAAAGUAAAAGACUAUUUUUAAAAGAUGUACGGCUGCCACAUAAUUAUCUUGUUGAUUUUGAAUUGAGAAUGGAUUCUAGGAGAAGCCAAAUAUUUCCAGUUUCUGAAGCAGAUGUGUUCAAGGCUGAAGCAGAUAUUCUCAGAGUGGCUUUGGUCUGUGUUUCUAGAUCUGCUUUCUGUCUUGGCACCACUCAUCCCAGAGGAAAGCUGGAAAUGAAGAUGCGUCACUUAAAAGCCCUAGGUUUUCAUGUGAUCUUGGUCAAUAACUGGGAGAUUAAGCAACUGGAUAUUAACUCUGCAGUCACAUAUCUGAAGGUCAAAAUCUUCUCACCAGAAGCUUUCCCCAAUACUACUGAAUUCGGAGUACAAGAUUUAAAAUAAAAGAAAGAGAUUCUAUUAUGAGAAGGAACAUGAGUGGAUUAUAGUAUUGCCUGAUUUUUGUUCCUAAGUCUACUGCCAAAGGAGUUUCUUCUGAGUUGCUCAUUGAAACAGAUGAUAUGAUUAGAAUUGUGCACUACUAAAAAUUACUAUAUCCAACUGGAAAAUUUUUAGCUAAGGAAUUUUCUUUUAAUUGAUAUAAAUAAAAUAUUCAAACAUUUAAAAUAUCA